CAGUGACAGUUGGGGAAUAUACUGCAUGAAGUGCUGCAGGCAGCUUUGGUUGGGUUGAGGAGGACAGACAUUGGGUUUGGGUUGAGGUGGACUACAGAUGAUGGAGGAGAGGAUGGGGAACUGUUGGAGCUAUACCAAGGAUCAGUUUGAUAACCUAGAGAAGCAUACACAGUCAGGCAUCGAGUUCGUGGAGAGGUACAGUAAAUUCGUCAAAGAGAGAUCGGAGAUUGAAAUCAGCUAUGCAAAGCAGAUUAGGAAUCUAUCAAAGAAGUAUCAACCAAAGAAGAACUCAAGAGAAGAGGAGGAGAACAAAUACACGUCAUGCCGGGCCUUCCUGUCAACGCUGAACGAGCUGAACGACUACGCAGGACAGCACGAGGUCAUUGCUGAGAACCUGACCUCUCAGAUCAUCACUGAACUCUCACGGUACCUCACAGAGCUCAAGGCAGAGAGGAAAUCGCACUUCCAUGAUGGACGUAAAGCGCAGCAACAGAUUGAGAGCUCGUGGAAACAGCUGGAGUCGAGUAAACGGCGGUUCGAGAGAGACUGUAAAGAGGCGGACCGGGCGCAGCAGUACUUUGAGAGAAUGGACGCCGACAUCAAUGUAACGAAAGCAGACGUGGAGAAGGCGCGGCAGCAGGCUCAGAUGAGACACCAGAUUGCAGCAGACAGUAAGACUGAAUACUCCAACUACCUGACCAAGUUCAACCAGGAGCAGAAUGAACAUUACUACACACUCAUGCCCAAUAUAUUCCAGAAACUCCAGGAGAUGGAGGAGAGGCGGAUCGAGAGGGUGGGUGUGUCCAUGAAGACAUACGCAGAGGUGGACCGUGAGGUGCUGCCUAUCGUAGGGAAAUGUCUAGACGGAAUGACCAAGGCUGCUGAGUCCAUCGAGCCAAAGACUGACUCUAAGCAGGUAGUAGAGUCGUACAAGUCUGGGUUUGUGCCCCCAGGGGACGUAGAGUUUGAGGACUACGGGCCGGGACAGACCAUGAAGAGGACUGUCUCUGAGACCAGCCUGUCUAACUCACGAGGAGAGGCCAAGGAACGUCCCGGCGGGGGCAAGAGCAAGGGCAAACUGUGGCCUUUCAUUAAGAACAAGAACAAGCUUAUGUCCCUGUUAACGUCCCCGCACCAGCCCCCCCCCGCCCCCCCAGCCUCCAGCCCCCCCUCACCCUGUGCUGUUCCCAACGACCCCCAGUCUCCCAAGCAGAACAAGGAGCCCCUCUCCAACCGCUUCAACGAGUUCAUGGCCUCCAAACCCAAAAUGACCUGCCUCCGGAGCCUGAGGCGAGGGGGCUCUGGACCGGAGGACUUCAGCCACCUGCCCCCAGAGCAGAGGAGAAAGAAGCUUCAGGCCAAGAUAGACGACAUAAAUAAGGACAUCCAGAAAGAGAUGGACCAGAAAGAUGCCCUAACUAAGAUGAAGGGUGUGUAUGAGAAGAAUCCCCAGAUGGGAGACCCUGCCAGUGUGGACCCCCGGCUAGUAGAGAUGGCAAUGAACAUCGAGAAACUGCAGUCCGAGGUCCAGAAAUUCGAGGGAUGGCUGGCGGAGGUGGAGGGGAGGUUACCGUCGAGGAGUGACCCUCCCAGGAGACAGAGUGGUCUGUACGAGUCACAGAACAGCAACAGCACCAUGGUCGACAACAACUGUGCACAGGACAGAGAGAGCAGCCCGGAUGGCAGUUACACAGAGGAGCAGAGUUCAGAGACUCAGGUCAAGGUGGCCAUAGCAAACACUCCAGAGUUUGAUGAUGAGUUUGACGAUGGGGAUGAGGAGACACUGCCCACCAUCGGCACCUGUAAAGCCGUCUACUCAUUUGAAGGUCAUAAUGAGGGGACUAUCUCAGUGACAGAAGGAGAGCUGCUGUUUGUAAUAGAGCAGGAUAAAGGUGAUGGCUGGACGAGGGUCCGCAGGAACGAAGAGGAAGAAGGCUACGUACCCACGUCCUACGUCGAGGUCUUUUUGGAAACAAACACCAAAGAUUCCUAAAAGUGUGAGAGCUGGCUCAGGAAUGGCAGGGCAAGCAGCCUCAGCGACAGAGCGACCACGUUCCUUUACGGUCAGAAAGUCAGAGAGCGACAUGACCGAGGCAAAGACAGGAGACCUAUGAUGCAUCUCAAUUUCCAACCUGAUACAUUUGUAGAGUUCUCUCCUUCUGCAACGGUCUCUGACCAGAAGCAACAAUAAGAGAAAAACAAACCAAAUUGAGCGCUCGUAAAUAUUUUAAUUUUUAAUAGGUUAUUAUCCAUUUAUCAUUUUGCUUCUUUUGUCUCUGCAAAGCUUUGCUUCUCAAUGUACUAACUCGGCUUCCGCUAUGCGGCGUUACCGUGGACGCUGUUGGCUCUCUGACCUCGAAUGCCCCCCCAAGUUCCAACCCACUUCCCUGCCGCUCCUCCCUAACCCCCCUCCUAAAACACGGCAGGGUGUGGUCAGACAGGGCCGUUACCAGCUCUGAAGCAACCCAAUCUGCCCCCGACUACACCAUCCCACCAGACAGCAAGCCAAACCAAGUCCCUCUCCAGUCCACACUCCCAUCCAAAUCAAUCAGGUCGAUGCAGUUGCAGAAUCUCUCACUCAUUGACUCAGAGCCAUCAUCGCAGAAGGAACAGUCCAGAUCCAGCAUCACAUGGAGUUUCCAUGGAAACAACACAUUUAUUCCACUCUCUGACUACAUAUUUUGCAGGUUUCAAACGGAUUGAAAAACAGAACAUGGGCUGAUUCGUCAUCUGUAUGACUGAAGUUCAUUUAUAGUGUGUGUACGCGUGUGGGUGCCUGUCAGUAUCAUGUACAUCCCCCAUACACACUCCAUCCAUGACUGAGAAAGGGACAGGACUGGGAGUUCCAGGAACGAGAGGGGUUGGAGACAGGUUCACAUUACUUCACUCACCUGCACUCUCUCCUUACCAUACCAUCAUGUGUUGUUACUGGCAUCCCGUCUGUUCCUCUCUGGCCACACCCCUCCCCUGCAAGUGUCAGCCGCUGGUCAUUGACUGCGUUGAGCGCCAUGUCACCGCUUAGGGUGGGGCAUCUCUCAGGCGGUGCAUGCGGUGUGCAUGCUUGCCCUGUCUCCUCCUUGGCUCGCCUUCUCCCGCUUGGCUCAGGGGGCUGGCUUAUGCUCGUCGCCUGGCCUUUUUUGUUUCAGUUAACCCACACGGCCUGUACACUUCUUAACCAGUUUAUCCAUUUGUCACCUUUUGGGUUCUGUGCCUGUGGAUCAUCUACUAGCUGUUCCUUAUUUAGUUUUUUGUUGUUGCUGUUUGACUGUUCGUCGUCUCUGAAAGCAUGUUCACCUACCUGUGUUUUUAACAGUGAGUGUGUGCUCUCCCUCACAGUAACUCCUCCAGCUCAAAUCUCAUUACCUGAAGAGAAGAAAAUGUGGGAUUCCAAAACGUCUGCUUCUGAAUGAUAUCAUGCACAGUAAAACAUUGAAUUUGUCCAUUUGUUAUACUGUAUGUAUGUAAUGUUGUUAGCUGACAUUGUAUGUGUUUGAGAAUUGUGUUGAAGGCAAGCGGUCGUUAGUGUCCACUAGCCUCAUCCUGUGGAUACAUGCUGCGGUGUUUCACGUCUCCACUGUAUAUCCAACAGACAGUGUCCCCUGGAAGAGAACUUGAAGAUUAUUUAAAAUUCUCAUGUAGUUUGCUUGGGCCACUUACUACUGCGUGUGGAAGUAUUGUAUACUGUGAUCCACACACCUUUUCCACAAUGUUGUGACUGAAUAUGAGACAAGACAAACUUCCUAUUGGGCCUUAACUGGGUUGAUCCUAGCUACCACUUAAUCUAAAAACAAGUUCAAGUUGUGUCACAUGCACAAGUACAGUGAAAUGCUUAACUUGCAUGCUCUACCCAACAGUGCAGUAAUCAGGGGGAGUAAGAUGCCAUUCUAUUAUCUAUGGUAUGUUGACUAGGUCGAGACAUCUCGUUUUUUUUAUAAAGGUGGUGAAGGUAGAUUACUCUCAAUGUCUACAGAGGUGAUGAUGUCCACUGUUUCCCUUUAUUGAACGCAUAUAAACAUUUUAAUUUUGUAAUUAUUUUUUAACAGUGUUUGGUCGAAGAGAUUGCUUUGUAAUUUGAGCUAGUUUCUAGCUGGAAAACUGUUGCACCUGAAUUACAAACCACUUGAUGAUGAAACCAGUUGUUUGAUCUGCCUGAAGUCACUGUAGAUAAAGUAAUGAAAAAUAUUGUUUUGUGUAAUGAAGCAAUUAGUGAUACUAUUAGCCUCAGGUAUAUCCCAAAUGGCUCCCUAUAUAGUGCACUACUUUUGAUCAGGCUCUGGUCAAAAUAAUUGCACUAUGUAGGGAAUAGGGUGCCAUUUGGGACUCCGCCUUAAGAGUGUUUUGGAAAAAAACUAUUCCAGUAUUAUUACUCAAGCAACAUUUCAAGGAGCAGUAACUGAAAUUGUAUCAAUGCAAACCAUGUAUAUUAUCAGCAGCACCACAAUUGAAGAGUGAUCCAUCACCAUGUGGAGUCCUAGUCACUUGACAUAAUUUAAAAAGACAAGCAGCGCAAAUCUGCAUGUUCUUUGGCCGAGAACCAGAUCAGGUCAAAGUUUCACUUUGCUAUUCCCACCCGUCCAGCUCUUAUUUUGACUAGUGUAGAUGUUGACUUGGCAGUUGUUUUGUUUGUUUGUGAGAAGUGAAAAGGCAAAACUGAUUUUCAUGCAGACCAUCAGAAGGUGCAUCUCUGUGCUGUGCUGACUGACAGACAUACCCACUCAGAGAGCCAGUAUAGAGAAAAAUCUGCCUAACUCUCGACUGAGACCAACCCAGACCUCCAGCCAGGCCCCAGUGCACCUGUACAAAAGAAAAUGGCUUGUUGAAAUUAGAGAGAAUAUAUAUAAAUACAUAUGGAUUAAACUAAGACAAAAAAGGAAAUAAAUAUAUUUUUAAGGUUAACUAUUAAAGGCCUUACUUUGUUUUCUCUGCUUUGCUAAGACUGUUUUUUUGUUAUUUUCUUGUGUAAAGUCUGCCAAAUGAUGUGUUUAGCACUUUUGUUUGUGUUCAAGUUGGUAUAUGCUUAUGUUUUAGAGCACUGAAUACUUUGUAUUGUGUUAACUGUGCCAAUUAAAUACAUGU